UUUUUUCGACCGUAGGGAGUACACGUUUCGAGUUCCGAUAUUAUCAAUAGUUCGAUUAACUUCAAUCUGGGGAAUUGCAUGGAAAACGAGGGAGUCGUCCCUUUAAACAACAAGAUAUUCGAUCCAAACAUGGUUAACCACACAAUCGAUAUUUACUAUUUCCCGAUGAGUCCCCCUUCCAGGGCGGUUCUGAUGACCAUGAGAGCUCUUGGAAUAAAACACAAUAUAAAGAUUACCCAUCCGAUGUCAGGUGAUACAAUGAAACCAGAAUUUUUGAAGAUGAAUCCAUUGCAUACAAUACCGGUUAUUGACGAUAAUGGAUUUAUUUUAUACGACAGCGGUGCGAUUAUGAAAUAUUUGGUGGAUCGAUACGGGAAAGAUGACAGCUUGUAUCCCAAAGAUGCUAAGAAAGGUGCCAGGGUGACUCAGCGAUUAUUUUACGUAACCGGGUAUCUAUUCCCCAGAUUCUUUGCUACACAUGCAGUUAUUAUGCUUGGAGGAAGUGUCCCAGAUGCAGACAAAGAAAAACUUCGCGAGUCUUUCUCAUAUUUGGAUAAGAUUUUAGAGGAUUCCAAAUGGAUAGCUGGAGACAAUAUGACAAUAGCCGAUUUUGCUAUCGUUUCUCUUUUAGCAAAUAUUGAUAGUGCUGGAUUGUACGAUUUAUCCACUUACGCCAACCUUUGGCAAUAUUUUCAAAGAUCUAAAAGUGGCAUGGAAAGUUUCGGAUACGAGGAAAUAAUGCAAUCUGGGGCAGACCAGUUUGGGAGUGUAUUCAAACAUUGAUUCACUUUUUUAUUUAAAUUAAUGUCCUGUAAGCAUUUCACACUAAUCUGUUUUCUAAAAAUAAAUAUCAAUGUUGACUU